AUGACAAAUAAUGGAAUACCAAUAGCUCCUACUAUGAAUAUACCAUUACCACCUUCUAUAAGUAUACAACCUCCUUCUAGUGUAGUAAAUAUGCCACCGCCUCCACCAAGUAAUAUUAAAUUACAAAAUCCUACUUAAAUAUCGAGUAACCGUGGUGCAUUAUUGGAUUAAAUAAAAAAUCCAGGAAUAAAACUAAAGAAAACUAUUACUAUUGAAAAAGGAGGUCUAAAUGCAACAAAAAUGUUAUAAAAUACAUCAGGAAAACAAGUGUAAUAAAAUCCAGUUGAUAUACUUAAAUAAUAAAUAGCGAUAAGAUUUGCUGGUAAAAAUCCUCCUUCAAGUUAGAAAUAGAAAUAAAAGAAAAAUAGUGAUUCUGAAAAUCAAGAUAGUGAUGAUAAUUGA